AUGUCUUUGAGACCUAACGCUAGGACUGAGGUUCGUCGGAACCGUUACAAGGUUGCGGUGGACGCCGAUGAAGGACGACGGAGAAGAGAAGAUAACAUGGUUGAGAUCCGUAAAAACAAACGGGAAGAAAGCUUACAGAAGAAACGUCGCGAAGGUCUUCAAGCUACACAACAACCUCAAUUCGCUCCUUCUUCUCUUCCUGCUGCUUCAUCCGUCGAGAAAAAGUUGGAGAGUUUGCCUGCCAUGGUUGGUGGAGUUUGGUCAGAUGAUAGAAACUUACAGCUUGAAGCAACUACUCAGUUCCGGAAACUGCUUUCUAUUGAACGUAGUCCUCCAAUUGAGGAAGUGAUUGAUGCUGGUGUUGUACCUCGUUUUGUUGAAUUUCUCAUGAGGGAGGAUUAUCCACAGCUUCAGUUUGAGGCUGCUUGGGCAUUGACGAACAUUGCUUCUGGGACUUCAGAGAAUACAAAGGUGGUCAUUGAACAUGGUGCUGUUCCGAUUUUUGUCAAACUGUUGGCUUCUCCUAGUGAUGAUGUUCGUGAGCAGGCUGUUUGGGCGUUAGGGAAUGUUGCUGGUGAUUCUCCACGGUGCAGAGAUCUUGUUCUAAGUCAGGGAGCUUUGUUACCGUUGCUCUCUCAGUUGAAUGAGCAUGCUAAACUCUCAAUGCUGAGAAAUGCUACUUGGACUCUCUCAAAUUUCUGCAGGGGAAAGCCGCAGCCUCCUUUUAACCUGGUCUCUCCGGCACUUCCAGCCCUUGAACGUCUGAUUCAUUCGACUGAUGAGGAAGUGUUAACGGAUGCUUGUUGGGCCCUCUCUUAUCUUUCCGAUGGCACAAAUGAUAAGAUCGAAGCUGUCAUUCAGGCAGGUGUUGUUCCUCGACUCAUCGAGCUUCUCCAGCAUCCGUCACCAUCUGUGCUUAUUCCUGCGCUUCGUAGUAUUGGUAACAUUGUCACUGGAGAUGAUAAUCAAACACAGUGUGUAAUUAGUCAUGGUGCACUCCUUAGCCUUUUGAACCUUCUGACUCACAACCAUAAGAAGAGCAUUAAAAAGGAAGCUUGCUGGACAAUCUCAAAUAUCACUGCUGGAAACAGGGACCAGAUUCAGGCUGUAUGCGAAGCUGGUUUAAUUUGCCCCCUCGUCAAUCUGCUUCAAAAUGCAGAGUUUGAUAUAAAGAAAGAAGCUGCAUGGGCAGUAUCAAAUGCCACUUCGGGUGGUUCUCCUGACCAAAUCAAGUACAUGGUGGAACAAGGAGUCGUGAAACCACUGUGUGAUCUUUUGGUGUGCCCUGAUCCAAGGAUUAUCACCGUGUGUCUAGAAGGAUUGGAGAACAUUCUGAAAGUUGGGGAAGCUGAAAAGGUCACGGGAAACACUGGGGAUGUAAACUUCUAUGCACAGUUAAUCGACGAUGCUGAGGGAUUAGAAAAGAUUGAGAAUCUGCAGAGUCACGACAACAGCGAAAUCUACGAGAAGGCAGUGAAGAUUCUCGAAACAUACUGGUUGGAAGAGGAAGAUGAGACUUUACCACCCGGUGAUGCUCAGGGCUUCCAGUUCGGAGGUAAUGAUGCACCCGUACCACCUGGUGGAUUCAACUUCAAGUGA